CUUUGACGUUCAAAUAUUGUCACCAUCUCUAAGGUGUAGGUUACAGACAAAUUCUCCCCUGGUACUGUUUACUUGGAAUGAAUCCAUUCAAUUUGGACGGAUAUAUUUAAAGUCGUGAAAGACCCCGGAAUUUCCAGCUGUUUCAGCUGCCAACACGCAGCGAAAAAUUCGCGUAGACGACAGGAUUUCAAGAAUUUUGAGUGGCAAUUCGUAAACAUAGGUUUUAACUCUUAACCCAACUUAAACUUGCGAAAUAUUGUCAUGUCGAACAAUUUGACAUUAACUGGCUUCUUUUGGGUGAUUUUCUCCGUUCUGAGCGCGCUCGCGGCUUCUACGGGUUUUUUCCUUCCUUAUUGGAUACAGGGACGGAUAUACAACACAACAGUUUACUUAGGCGUGUUUCGUCGAUGUAAUUUCUUAGAAAAACAAGAAAACGGGCUCUCAGUCCUUGUGCAAGCCUGUGGCCGAUAUGCAAGUUUUCAAGACAUUCCUUCGGACGCAUGGAAAGCCAGCACAGUGAUGAUAGGAAUCGGUUGUGGAUUCCUACUUGUUGUAGCAUUCACAGCUAUAUUUUCCUGCUGUUGUAAAGACAUUCUCACGAGGACUUCGGCUCGGAUCGGAGGAGCACUGCAAGUAAUAGCUGGUGAGUAAAAAAUUUGAGACUAAAAUCAAUGCGCCAAAAGCUGAUCUCAUUACAAGGGUGUCGAGUAUAUUUACCAAGCAGCUCCUAGCUCCUAAAUAUAACACCUCGCAAUAGUUUGUUUACUUUCUUUCGAAACUUUCUGGUUGAAAUUUCGAAUUUAAAGGGAUUCUUUACCGAGCCACGUUAAAUUUGAAACGAUUUAUCGAUUAGUUUGCUUCGCUGCCCUGAAAAUUGCUUGAGUUGUCGGUGUUGCAAAUUAUCCGCCUCUCACCUCUCAAUUAAUCACAAAAUUAAAGUUUACAAAGUUGAACAACGCUAUUAUAGCACUUGUGCAAAUAUUUUGGGAAUACUUUCCUCGAUAAUUUCUAAGUGCUAUUCCGUGAAAAGAAAGUACUUUCCAGAGUUAACAUUCCGUUCAAAAGAAUUAUACCUUCUACUUUAUAAUGAAUCGAGGUAAAUUGCAGUUUCGCUCUGAUCAUGGCUAUUAAUAACAAAGUAGCCGCGAUGAUUUGACAAAUUGACACAAUGACGAUUAUCAAAGUUACAUUUCAAAAAACUAUAAAUUGAAUCUGGUUCAAAUCGUGAUGAACAUUGAUGGAACUGUCUGGGUAAAAUUUGGGUUGAGUAUUUACUUAAAAACGUCAAAACAGAUUCAAUUAAUUUCCUUCGUUCGUGAGUAAUGAAUGAAAUAUGCUCGGGUCAAUAAUUUGACCGCAAGAAAAUUACCUACUGCUGUGUUGAAAAGGAAACUUUUUGAUUCAAAAACAAAGCUCUGUUGUGGUGUUCUUAAUUUCAUCUGAUAAACAAAAGUAUGCUGGCUCCAUUAAGAGAGUGCAUAUUGUUUUCGCAGCGAUAAUAUAAAAAAUAGUGAUCGAUUCAAUUCAGAUGAAAAUUCGUGCCGUGUCUGUUUGUACACAAAGGGAAGGAACCGAUUAACGAGUUUGAGUUUCAAUAAAAAGGUCGCCGGGGAAAGGUCAGAUAUCUAACGUUAAUAGAUUUUUAAUUGUUCUUUUUUUCUCUCUCUCUGUAAAAUAAUACGCAAAGUAGCAAUUUAUUCAAUAGAACGUUCUAGGAAGUAAUUAGUGAAUUCCAAACAUAGCUGGAGAUAAAUGAUUUUUUACCUAUUUCUUCGAAUUCCCAGAGACGCAUUUAGAAAGGAAUGACAUUGUCGUCGGUUAGGAGUAAUACAGAACCCCAGGAAACUUGAAUCAAACAGUUAUUGAGAUGCUGUGACUUGACACACAUCCAGGCUCAAGGGUAGAUCUGAUUUGUGAUCAACACCGCGCUGUCGUGGCGCGAAACCUUCCCAGUAUUCGAGCUACGUAUCCUAUGACUGGAUAAUAAGAACCAUAAACUCUUCGGUACUUUAAGGAUAAUUCCCCAAAACACCACGGUCUUGUUCUUUCCUUCCUCUCUCCAUUGCUCUUUAGGGAGGGAAGGUAAAGUCACACUAAAAUAACUCCACUUUUUUCAAUCUCCUGUUUUCAAUCUUGCUUUUAUCGAGAGGUCUGGCGUCGAGACCUGGCUGGGUCAUAUAAUGGCGUGUUCUUGGGCGUGGCACUCUACACCCCACUCUCCCAAUGCCUCUCUCCACCCCCCACCCAGAACAUAAAUGGGUACCAGCUAAAUGUCGUGGGAGGGGGGUAAGUUGUAAUGGACUAACACCCCUUCCCAGGGGGAGUAGUGAAACCCCUAGUUGCUUCAUGUGUCAGAAUCUGGAUAAGCUCAUGCUCAAGUGAAGCUUUUCCUCACUAUCUUAUCUUGUUCUUACUAAGUAUUAAUUUAUCUAUUUCUUCAUUUUAAUCCACAGGCUUUCUUCUGGCGAUUGGUUUUGGUAUUUACCCUUCAGGCUGGGGGAGUGUUGAAUUUAAGCAAGCUUGUGGAAAAGAAGCAAAUUUUUACAGGCUCGGCCAUUGUAAACUCAGCUGGGCUUUCUUUUUGUUCGUGGUAGGAACUGGUUCGGCUUUUAUUUGUGCUGUUUUGUCCACUCGAGCUGGGAAACAGAAAAUGCCGAUCUAUUCUCGAACGAGUAUCGAGCGAUCAGACAGUUUCAUCAUGUAGUUCGAUGAUAGGCAACUAUUUGUAGCAUCUCUCUAACGACGGAAAAAAAAACUCUGGAUGAACACCUGACUGCAUUUUAAGUCAAUGACGUGGGUAUUAUGCUCAGAAGGCGAGCAUUUUCGUGAACAUAGCUUAUCAUACCCAAGGAAGUCCAGAAAUUCCCGAAGACGUUCCGAUUAUAUUACGAAGAUGUACCGAAGAGUAGAAGGAAAUACAGUGUAUUCCACAUGUGAAGGUUCAGUUUUAUGUAAGAUUAGUCGCCUAGACGGUAGUUCUCUCCUAUUGAUUCGAGUGUAUACAACACCUUACAUUUUAUCAGAAGAGUGACUCAGUGACUGUCAUAAUGGCAAGCUGCCUUAUUGAACCAAUUGUAGAUUCACCAUUAAACAAGUGGUUUUUCCAAGC